CCCGACCGUUCAAGGUAACGAUGAGUCCAGAAGCAACCUCACGCAUGUAAGGUAACUAUCGGUACCUUGCUCCUGCGUUUCCUUGUUGCUCAGUACCUUCUUCUGCAUUUGCGUUCGGCGUUCCAAGCAUUCAAGAUGAGAGGCGUCAAAGUCUUCUCUGGCCGGUCUCAUCCUAGCCUCGUCGAAUCCAUCUGCCAGCGAUUGGGGCAGUCGCCGGCAAAAUGCGAGUUGGGGAAUUUCGCAAAUGGCGAGACCAGUGUUCAGAUCGGGACGUCCAUUCGGAAUGAAGAUGUCUUCAUCGUUCAGAGCGGAAGCCCGCAGAUCAAUGACAGUGUCAUGGAAAUGCUUAUCAUGAUUGCGGCAUGUAAAGGGGGUUCGGCAAAGACGAUUACGGCAGUCAUCCCUUACUUUCCAUACUCACGGCAGUCCAAGAAGAAGAGCCACCGAGGUGCCAUCACAGCCAAGAUGAUAGCCAACCUCUUGCUGGUCGCAGGGGUCGACCAUAUCAUCACCGUCGACCUACACGCCUCUCAGAUGGUCGGAUUCUUUGGCAAGCCCGUGGACAACCUCUACGCCGAGCCUAUAAUCGCCCGGUGGAUCAAAGGCAAUGUUCCCAAUUGGAAGGAAGCUGUUGUUGUGAGCAAGAACGUUGGUGGUACGAAGCGAGUGACUUCUCUCGCCGAUGCUCUCAAAUUGAGCUUUGCCCUGGUGUCCACAGACAAGGAUCGUUCCAAGACAUCGCAUCAUCACACGAACAAUAUGAUGGACAGUGUCAUCUUCUUCGACGCUAUCGAGCCGCAGUCGAUCCGUAUCCGGGAACAACUUGAUGACGGUGAUGAUGGACACGACGCUGACACGGAGUCUGAGAAGCCGCAUGAUUCUGAGCGCCGGGGUGACCUCGCUCACCGUGGAAGGACCGCAGUGAAUAGUGCCAACCGUCCUAAUAGACCCAAGGUGGUGACGAUCGCCUCAAGUCCCCUGGUCCAAACUACGAGAUUCGAAUCCUUGUCUCCACCUGCAUCUCCCGCCAAGCACCGCAGUGAAACUGGCCCGAGUGCACGUCGUCCUUCCGAAUAUGAAGCCAGUGAAGCACACAACGAUGAGCGAGCUCGCGAUGUCAUUGUAGGCCGACUAGUUCAAGGUCAUCUCGUCAACGAUGAUCAUGCAUCGUCAGCAUUGUCGAGCACAUCCCCAUCGAACUCGGCUCACCCAAGCGACCGACCUGCGCAGGAUGACAACCAUGCCUUUGACCCGAUGACAUCCUCGUUUGUCUCUAACGCGUCCUCAUUUCAGCCAGAGCAUGCACCAUUGGGUGGAACUUUUGACGCCGUUGCAACCUCGGACGAGGAGGAGGAUGUUAUCAAGAACCCUCAUCUUGACCACACCAUUACACUAGUCGGCAAUGUCCGGGACAGGACAGUCUUGUUGAUGGACGAUAUCCUCGAUAGGGCCGGAUCCUGGAUUGCCGCCGCGGAAACAUGCGUCAAGAUUGGGCGAGCCAAAAAGGUUUAUUGCAUCGCCAUCCAUGCACUGUUCGGCGAUGAUGCUCUGGAGGAACUCGAAGCAUGCGACAGCAUUGACCAUAUCGUUGUUACGAAUACUUUCCCUAUAACCCCCGAGCGCCUGAGAGCUUCCCGGAAACUAAUUGUCAUCGACCUUUCCAACCUGCUAGCUGAAGCAAUUCGAAGGAACCAUCAUGGUGAGGACAUGUCACCGUUAUUUCAUCUGCACGAGUAGGCAGGCAACCAGCGAUCGCAUUCAGAGGCACAGUAAUGCUCGCUCACCGCCUCUCUGUUGUUUACCAUCGGACCAUUAGCAACCAGUUGUUCUAUGUUGGAUCCAUCUUGCUACGAUCAGCGACUCCCAGCCGCGGCUCAGUCAAUGGCAACGCAAACACUCGCAGGGCACCUAUGCCUUCUGGUUGGUGAAAACGACCACACGGUUCAGUCAUCUCAGGCUUCGGACAGCAACUCCCAGCAGCCUAAUGGUGGUCAGCUGCCUUACUAUCAUCGGUAUCUUGUCGGCUGCUGUGGAUAUCACAUGCAGCUUGAUCACGGGCGUCCAGCAUUUCCCAGCCCGCAGGAUCCAGAAGUCGAAGCGCCGGCUGUUGACUCCAUGCUAGUCCACCGGACAUGAAGCUCGCCGUGGAGGUCCAUCCUACCAUGGACUCGUUAGAUUAUCGUCCAUGGAUCAUUUUAUGCGCUCUUGGAGCCUGAUGCAUCACGGAGCCAACUGCCAUCUUCGGUGUACCAGCCCAGGUUGGCUGUUACGCGGCCGACUACGGGCGAAGAGCAGCAGCUCUUUAUUUGUUUGCACAUGGGGAAAGAUAAGGUCGCCAGAGAAUGUGUCUGCGGAAAUGCAAACAGCAUCGUUCAUCGAUGUAUACACCGCUCAAUCGCAGACCCUGCACAGGCGCGCUGAGGAUCGACGAUCUGGGGCUUUGUGGCUUGAGCUAGCGCCUUGGAGUGAAAGUCGGCUUCCAAUGCAAAAGAUCCCCCGAUUCUGAACGAUUUCCGGUUCCCGGAUCAGCUUGCUGCAACAUCCUCGCUAGAAUGCCUGUCACCUUGAAAUUUCGGAGCUCCAGGGGUGUCGUUCUGGCUUCCAGUAGGCUCGAUUUGCAGGUAGCGCGCCCUGCCCGGCGAUCGGUCAGGCACGGCGCCUUUCCAUGCAUCCGAUACACGAGUUUUGUCUCGCCUCACAGUCGCGUAGCUCGUGCUUUGUGCCGCAGAAUAUUACUACUGGCCUUUCCAUCCUUUACAAACGGUAUAUCUCGUGCGGCUGGAGUGGGGUGCUAGUCCCCACCAUUGCCAGUGGUGUUUUGCUACAAUCCUUCGACACUACCAUCUCACUACUAUUGUUGAAUGAUGCGCGCUUCAGCUCCCCCACGCCAAUUGACAGGCGCGCAUGAACUCGUGUGCGCCACGACAUGUGAGCUUUACCCAGUCCCGUUCAUAGAAUCUCGAACAUGAGGCUCGAUACCAUACUAGUGAUCCCUACUAGGCAGGCCAGCCCGGGCUCUUUCUUUUCAGUAUCGGCGUUUAUUGCUAAUUGAUCGACCAUGCCCGCAUUGCACACGGCAAAAGGAAGUUCGGAAAGGUUUUGGACUCCGGGAGGGACGGCCUUCCGCACUGUCCGGCAACAUCUAUUAACCCUUUUCUCGUAUAGCACGGGCGGGAUAAUGGCACCUGUCAGUCUCGCUAGUCCAUCCAUAUCCCUUCCAACCUGACAAGACGACUCCCAUUGGCAUGGUCAGCCAGGAUGGCCCUCUCAACAAAAGCUGGGCAGAUUGCCUGGCAAGGAGAUCCCUGAGAGUGCUGGAAUUCGCGGCGCAAAAUGUUCAAGUCAUUACAGGAUUCCAUUCAAUGACUGUGCUUGGUUCUCCAUCACUGCAUAUGAGUUGCUUGGGUCUCUGCAAGGCAUGACGGAUGCUCCUCAACAGUCACAGUCACUGGCACUACAGCAGCAGCCGCGGGCGCAACCGCACUCAGGGAUGGGUCUAUGAAUCCAUCAUGACUCGAUGACAAACAGAGAUGGCCAAGGGUGACAUUUUAUGGUUCAUUCAUUUGAGUUCAGUCCUUUGAUAAAAAGCGCGGAGAGGAUUCUGGGUUCGGCUUCAUCGGAGAGCAUCAGACGAUUGCAGCUUUGGAACGACCUGGAACACUGGUCUAGAGGGCAGAUCUCGUGCCGAAAUCGAAACUCAAAAUACGCGAUUCGACAAGCCUAUUGCUACAAUCCCGAAGAGACCUAGGAGAAAGCCCCCAUGGCUGGUCCUGCCAACACCGGUGCCAGUUACCGCUACAACUACCAGAACUGCCCUGGCCAUGAGUACCAAGGGAAAUACAACGAGGGCCACUGCUCGUUGAUCUGGACGUGCGGCAAAUGUGGAAACCGAACCACCAAGAUCUGGCAAUGCCGACACUGUGGCUUUUUCCUAUGCAAUAUGUGCAAGCAGUACAGUCGCAAUGCAAAGGGGAAGAUCUCCAAGGAUCAGCCUCGCUACUACGGCCGGUGAUUUGACACACCGACAAACAUGUCGGUACAAUAGUACCAAUUGUGCCUCAGCUUGACAGGAAGUACUUGCAGGGCACUCGGUAUCAACCUCCCUGUGAGACGCACAGCGGGUCUACAACUCAGCCGACGUUGUACCUGUUCUCGGUCAACACUCCACGUCAGAGCCGUCUCUAAAGUACCUUCAGUCUUCAGGCCAAGCAAGCGAACGAACCGAGACAUACCAACCCAACGACGCAUGCCACGUUUGCCUUUUAGCACUACUGCAGUGGUUGCAGUGAGCCUGAGCCUGAGCCUGAGGCGGAGCCAGAUCCGUCGCUCGUGCAUGUAUGCAAUGCACAAAAAAAGGCAACUCACUACUUCCUUGCUUUGAUAUGAUCUUGCUUUCCUUUCCCUCCCGUUGACCCUGUCCCGGGGCCGUCAAGACCCGAUAGCUGGACCGUCUGCAGUGGCUGGUUUCAGGUUCCUUUGGACCGAUGGCUUCCAAGGUCCCGAUUGAUUGCUGAAACUGCAGGGGAUGAGUCGGCAUCAGGUAGUCCGUCUGUAACGGCACAACAAGGGAUCCAAUCUUUUGCAGGUGCAAUGGUGGUUUUCUCCUCAGAUACAUGUACUUUGUGGCCGGAGAGGUGUCUCGUUUUGGUUUCGGUUGGGCGGAUGGUAUGGCAUGGUAUGGCGCAAACAUGCCUAGAGUACCUAUGAUUAAGGCUCAAAAGUUCAAAGUCCCAUGAUAGCAUUUCACUGGUACCUUCGUGAAGCGAUGGCAACAUCCUCAGUAGGUGGGUGGUUGACUUCCAGAUACCUACAGUAUGUAGAUUCCUGGCUUCGGUGAAGUGGUGGCACUGACACUGCAUGCCCGUAUCAGAACAAGGGUUCAAACCAGA